AAGUUUGUUUCUCGGUUUUCGUCUCGUCACUUGGAGCGGGUUUCAGGUUUACAGUCUCGCAAGACAUCGGGGUUCGUCAUCAGCUGAAGAUUUUAACUUCUUCAUCGCUUCUUUGUUUCGAGGCACGGCAACACCAUAGAUAUUGAUAUUUUCCUGUUAAGUAUGUCGCGCGAACGGAAACCGCGAUCCUACCUGUGCUCUUAUCUCUAAAUCCGCAUAUGUAUUUAUUUAAUUUCGGUUAGCAAAUCGAGCGAUAUCGACGUUACUGUAAUUGUUUCACUCAGAAUGUGAUCGGAAGAUAAUAUAUUUGAUUAUUGCGUUUUGAGUGGUGAAAGCAAUGGGGUUUUCAACGAAUCUGCAGGGCAAAAUUGCCCAUGAAGCGCUCUUAUCGCGACAAGAUGCUGAGUUGAGACUUCUGGAAGCGAUGAAACGGUGUAUCAAUGUUAAAGUUAAGUGCGACAGGGAUUAUGCCACUGCUCUCAGUACUGUUGCUUCCCAAGGACUGAAAAUCGACCGCGGAGAUGAAUUGGCUGGAAGUGUAGUGUGUUCGGCAUGGAGAAACAUGAUGGAAGAAUUGGAGAACACGGCGAAAUUAAUCAGACAGAACGCGGAUACCGUCGAAAUUAAGGCAUUGGACGCUUUAAACAGUUUGUAUGCGGAAAAACGCAAAAUUCGAAAAGCGUAUCAAGAAGAACACGUGAGGAUCGUCCAACAGUUUACCCACUUGUCCGAUGAUGUUAUAAGGAAAAAGACGGAAUACCAAAAGUACUUGGAACUCUACAAGUUGAUGAGGUGUAAAUUUGAAGAAAUAUAUAUUAAAGGUGGUAGAGGGGGUCGAAAGCUCGAUGAAGUGCGGGACAAAUACCAAAAAGCUUGCAGAAAACUCCACCUAACUCAUAACGAGUACGUUCUGCUUUUGUGUGAAGCUGUGGAAUUUGAAAAAGACUUCAGGACAGUAUUGCUACCGGGACUAUUGGAACAUCAGCAAUCACUGCAGGAGGCUUUUAUUUUAACCUGGAAGCAAAUUCUUAGUGAAAUUGCAAGUAACUCGGACUUAACUUCGGAAAAAUUCCGCGAGUGCCAUAGAAGAAUCUGCUUGAAUAUAGAUUCAAUAAAACCAGUUGACGAGUAUAAGGAUUUUACUGAGAAGUACAAGACAACUCCGACUGAACCGGUAAAGUUUACUUUUGACGAAAGUUUGGUGGAAGAAUCUGCAGGCAAACUACUGCCCAAUCAAUUAACGGUCGAUAAUUUGACCGUCGAAUGGCUCAGGAACAAACUGACUGAACUGGAAACUAGCAUUAAAGAAAAUCAGGAGAAACGAACGUCUUUAACCAAUGGUCAUAAUAGUGAUACUUUAGCCAACGGGAAAACUACACCCAUCAACGAAAUUAACAAUAGGUUAUCUCUCAAUUUAGAGACAUCACGCAAAGACAUAAACGAACUAAAAUGUCAGGAAAGAAAAAUGUUGAAGCAGACCGAGCUAAUCAGAACAGCUCUAAACGAGUUGGGAUGCGAAGAAGCGCCUUCAGGAUGUGAUAUUUCCAUAGACAAUCAGCCCGCAUUCAUAGAUAACUCACCAGAAGAAGGUAAUGGGUCUCAGAGCACGUUAAACAGACACUUUGAUCCGCAUCGCUUAGUUGGUAUGUUACCCAGGGCUCUUCGAAAGCCGUUCAGGCGACGAAGCGCCCCUUCAUCCCCAAUAGCCCCGCCUCGAACUAAGGGGCGCAGAGAAUCUGCCCCCAGAAGCGAAGGAGGGGAUCCUGUUUCAAUUACCGGAAAUAAAUGUCUAGUGGACGAAGAAUGGUUCCACGGAGUGCUACCUCGAGAAGAAGUCGUUCGACUACUUACAGUUGAUGGGGACUUUCUAGUUAGAGAAACAACUCUAAACGACGAGUGCCAAACGGUGCUGUCGGUCUGUUGGGGCAGUCAUAAGCAUUUCAUAGUUCAAACAACACCUGAGGGACAAUUUAGAUUCGAAGGUCCAGCAUUUCCGACAAUCCGAGAUUUGAUAAUUUAUCAGUUCAACAGCGGUCUACCUGUUACUCAGCGAUCAGGAGCAAUAUUACAUAAGCCCAUCCCUCGAGAACGAUGGGAAUUAAACAACGAUGACGUUAUAUUAUUAGACAAAAUCGGACGGGGCAAUUUUGGUGACGUGUACAGGGCGCAACUGAAAAACAGCAAUGAAGUGGUGGCUGUGAAAACGUGCAGAGUGACGUUGCCAGAAGAGCACAAGAAGAAAUUUUUGCAAGAAGGCCGAAUUUUGAAACAGUACGAUCACCCGAAUAUCGUGAAACUGAUAGGAAUAUGCGUGCAGAAGCAGCCUAUUAUGAUAGUCAUGGAACUGGUGCCAGGUGGAUCUUUGCUAACUUUUCUGCGGAAAAAAUCAAACUCUCUAAGCGAGGGACAGUUGAUGAAAAUGUGCCUUGAUGCAGCAGCUGGUAUGAGGUACCUCGAGUCCAAAAACUGCAUCCAUAGAGACUUGGCAGCCCGAAAUUGCUUAGUGGGGUAUAGCAAUAGUGUGAAAAUAUCAGACUUUGGCAUGUCCAGGGAAGAGGAAGAAUAUAUUGUUUCAGAUGGCAUGAAACAAAUUCCUAUCAAAUGGACGGCACCAGAAGCAUUAAACUUCGGAAAAUAUACUUCUUUAUGCGAUGUCUGGAGCUACGGAAUAUUAUGUUGGGAAAUUUUCUCAAGAGGUGGCACCCCUUAUGUGGGAAUGAACAAUACGAAAGCUAGAGAGAAAAUUGAUAGUGGUUACAGAAUGCCGGCCCCAGAAAACACUCCAGAUGAAAUGUAUAGGUUAAUGCUAAGAUGCUGGGAAUAUAAACCAGAAACAAGACCAAACUUCGAGCAAAUUUACACAGUGGUGGAAACCCUUUGUAACGCAUAUCGCGCCACAUUUUGUUAGUGUCAACUGCGAAUAUAUCUUGAAUCUGUGAUUUAAUUUGUCCAUUGAUUUAUUUGCUAUGGACGGACUUCUUUAUAUGAGUCUCUAUAUAGAAUUGACUUACUUUAAUCAAAAUAUACUCUAUAUUCAACUGCCAGAAGCAUAUGUUGUAUGUUUAUUGGCAGAUUAUUUUAUUUAUUUUUUAAGUGAGAAGUCCUAACCGUUUUUUUAUCGAUGAGUAAGUUUUAAGCGGCUUUUUUAAAUUUUCAUUUUUUUUUAUUUUUUUUUAUUUUGACAAAAAAUAAUUUGGAUUUUAUAAAUUUAUUAAUAGAUAAUAAAAAACUUAUUAAUAGAUUUUUUGUAAAAUGCCCAAUGUACUCAAAGAAAAACUCUUUUUGUUACUACAUCACAAUCAAUACUCAAGUUUCCACUGCAACAUUAUGGUCUUAUGAAUAUCUGAUUAACUAUUAUCAUUAGUGAAUGUGUACCUAAUUAAUUUUUACUCAAUUUAGAAAUAUUAUAUUUCUGAAUUAUAUACUAUGAGAAGUCACUUUGAGCGCUCUCUGAGACUCAGAGUAUCACCAACCACCAUCGUCAUUUUCCAAACGUUUACAUUUUAAAUUUCAAGGAUUGAAUUAUUAGAAUAUUUUUAUUGCGAAAUAACUUCGAUUUUUACAAAAUCCUCGAUUCAUUGAAAAAUUUACACAUAAGAAAAGUAUAAACUUUUCUUAUGUGUAAACAUGUGUUUGCGUAUGAUGUAUGUUUGCCCAGUUGUUAUUGCUGUGAUUUAAUAAUGAAUUAUGCCAUAUAUAUUUUUGAAUAUCAUUAAAGUUUGUAUGAUAAACUUAA